UGGGCACACUGAACAGACACUGACCAAGCAGCCACACAUACGCUGAAACAGUCACAUUCAUCAUCUGGUACUCACGCUCUCACAUCCAAGUUCCUCCCCUCGCUAGCGCGUCCGACCCUGUACAGUGUAUGAGAAAGAAAAAGUUUAUCCAAACUCAGCAACAGCCCCAUCAGCAGAGCCAAAGAUCUUUCACUACUGACAAAUAUCAUCUCACCGCGACUGUCCCUAACCCUGUUCAAAAGUCAUUUUGUCUCUAACCCCCAGCCCCCACCCCACCCCUAAAAAAUGUGAAAUGAGAAAAGCCAGCUGCACUUCCCGGUCGAUCACUCACAUAAGAAAAUCUUCAAGGGGAAAAAAGUAUCUGUGAGCCCGAAAUUUUAUAGAUGUUCUGUCCCAGAAACGGUGUUGGCAAUCGUGACAGAUCAGAGAGGAAAAUGUUUUCCGAAACUUGUGUGAACUUAUUGAGGACUGUCUUCAUGUUGUCGCUGAUAUCUCUAGGAUGCACGUAUUCCUACUUUUCCAUAUCAGAGCAAGAUGAAUCGUACAGCAGAGAGAACUGCCCGGAAAACAAAAUCAUUACAACCGAGUACCCAUGUUUGAAAGCUACUGGAGAAGUUGCGACCUGCAUCAGGAAAAAGUGCUGUCGAGGUUAUAAAUUUGUUCUUGGUCAAUGUAUCCCAGAAGAUUAUGAUGUCUGCUCAGGGGCUCCAUGUGAACAACAGUGCACAGAUAAUUUUGGCAGAGUGCUGUGUACAUGUUACCUGGGAUAUUACUUUGAUCGCGUGAAACACAGGAACAGAGAGAAGCCAUAUUGUAUUGAUAUUGAUGAAUGUGCCAAAAGCAAUGGAACAGUAUGUUCUCACAUUUGCCUCAACACACCAGGGAGUUACAAAUGUGCGUGCAAGGAAGGUUUCCAUCUCAAAGAGGAUGGGACGACAUGCAGCAAAAGUGAAAGUGCGGGCCAGUAUAUAAAAUCUGACAUUGUGAUGAAAGCUGGUACCUGUUCCACAACCUGUGAGGAUAUCCAACAGAUAAAACAGGCAGUGCUGCAGUUAAAACAGAAGAUCACUUUACUGCCCAACAACAUUGCUGAUAUUAGUAAGCAAAGAUCAAACAGUGACAAGUUAUUUUCAUCGAACAGUUACAAUUACGGACUGAAAGGACCACCAGGGCCUUCAGGCCUGCCAGGUCCUAAAGGAAGUCCUGGUCCAAAGGGACAAGCAGGACCCCCAGGACCACCGGGACCCAGAGGAAUGAUGGGACCAAUUGGCCCUUCACCCGACAUAUCUCACAUUAAACAGGGAAAAAGAGGAGCAGUGGGUCCACCAGGACCUUCUGGAAGAGACGGUGCCAAGGGUGAGAGAGGUGCUCCAGGACCAAGGGGAUCACCUGGUCCACCAGGCUCCUUUGAUUUCUUGCUUCUGAUGUUGGCAGACAUUAGAAAUGACAUUGCAGAGCUGCAGCUGAAAGUUUUUAGCCGUGGAAAUCGGGUCACUGGGGAAGAGCACCAGAGCCAUGAAAUUCCUGACUGGGGAUCUGGAGAAGACUACAGACAUUAGGAUCCAUCACAGAAACCCGCAUAGCGAGCAUCAACAUGGAAGUGAAAUAGCUUUCAAAACUGCACUGCAAAUCUUUUUUAUUGGGACUAGGUUGAAGAGAUUAAACCAGUGAGGAUGUAAUAAAUUUUGCACUGUUGUUGUACAAUUUUAUUCCAUUAUCAGUAUCAAAGAAAAACUUCUAUCUAACGUAACAAUUGAAAUAAGUAUUAGAGUGUUUAGAUAAAUCAAUAAUGUACCAGUUCAGAAUGAUAAAUUUUAAACAACUGACUUUUUGCAUGGGGGUUGCAUUUGCUGAAUCAUAUCUGUGGGAAAUGAAUUGUGCACAAUCCUCCUUAACCUGAGUGAUUAGCAUCUUGGUUCUGUGAUAAACAAUACCCAAAAUCAUAAUGCAACAGACACACAGGUUGAAAAAAAAACAUUUUUGGUUUUAUUCAAGUUCCUGCUCCUAUGAUGCUGCUUGGCCUGCUGUGUUCAUCCAGCUCUAAACCUUGUUAUCUCUUAUUACACACUUUGGAAUUGUUUUAUUUUAAACCUUAUAUAUUGGUGAUGA